GGCUGCAAGAACUAAUUUAUGAGAACACAGGAGUUACACAAAGAGAACCCAUAGAUUAUAUUUGACAUAGUUUAUGAUCCAUCAUAUAUGUCUGCCAACAAAAGUUGCUUUCCUCUUCAGCUACCAGCUUCUACUACUUUUCAUAAGAAUUUUCUGGCGUUCUUGUACACUAAUAUUUCUGCAAUAUGUUGGUUCCUGAAAAGGAAUCUUGCUGACAAGAUUGCUGCAAGUGGAUUUUUUGUGGUGGUUCCCGACUACUUCCAUGGAGAUUCCUAUGCUUCAGAAAAGGGUUCUAUUCCUGACUUUUUGGAGAAUCAUGGUCCAGAGAAAGGGUUUGAAGACACCAAGCCUCUGAUUGCAUAUUUAAAGAGUCAAGGAAUAUCAUCUAUUAGGGUUGGAGGCAUUUGUCGUGGUGGAAAGGUGGUCGCAGAAUUAGGCAAGACUGAAGAAAUCCAAGCUGCGGUCAUGUUUCACCCUUCACUUGUUACUAUAGAUGAUAUCAAGGAGGCUAAAGUUCCUACUGCAAUUCUGGAAGCAGAAACCGAUCAAUCAUCUCCACCGGAAUUGAUCAAAAAGUUUGAGGAGGUUCUAUCUGUGAAGAAAGAGACGAAUAGUUUCGUGAAGAUAUUCUCAGGCGUCGGGCAUGGCUGGACAAUGAGAUACAAGGCAGAGGACGAAGCUGCUAUGAAGAAGGCAGAGUUAGCGCACACUCACAUGAUUGAGUGGUUUACUACUUACGUGCACUGAGUGGCGUGCAAGACGCUGCUCAACAGACAAGCUAUGGGAGUAGAAGCCAUCUGGAUUAAAUAAAAUGCAUGAUUGGGUGUGAUACUAUUCACACUGUCAUGUUCUUUGAACUUCGUGGUCUGUUGAAAGUAUGCUUCUGUCUAUAAAAUUCCGCAUG